AUGUGGAGUCGCGUUCUAGUGCGUACUGCACGUCGCAGUCGUCACGCGGUGCCAAUUGUUCGCAUUGCUUCGACGUUGCAUACACCUUCUAUCGAUCGCUGUAUUGGAUCUAUACGCUUCACGUCUUCGGACUCGACACCGUCUCGAUUCUUGAACCUGGCGGAUGAGGAGAAGACCAAGAAGAACGAAGAAGGAGACGAAGAUGAAGACGAAAAUGAAGACGAUAGCGAGGAUUCCGAGGGAAACGAUGGAGAUAUUGAGGUCGACACGAUUCCGGAUGUCAAUAAAGGUGGCGUCAUGGAGAAUGACGAGCUCGAUGAACUUGUGAUGGAGCUGUUUAUGGAGAAUCCGCUGCGGUGGACAUCUACGACGUUGGCACGCAAGUUUCAUCUGUCCAAACCUCGUGUUGAGGCUAUUAUCUGGAUGAAACGCAUGGAGGCGGAGCUUACACCCGAGGAGUUUCGUGCCAAGGUUCACGAAGCCAAAGAAAAAGCUCGCCAAGAGAUGGACACGCAGGCAAAAAAACUUGCAGACGCUGAAGCUACUGGUAAUGACAAGGAGAUUGCACGAUUGAAAAAGCAAGCACGGCAGGAGGAAGAGGCGAUGGAGCCGGAUGAGGUACUGGAUGCCAACGAGGAGGCGGUGCUUAUGGGCGUCGACAAUGAGCCAUUUAGGAACCCAGACUUUUUUUUCCUGAGCGACGAAUUCGAGGGAUAUCCGCCCCUUGUCCAACGCUUGGGUAAGCAUGGACACACGGAUCAGAUGUAUCCUGAGGAGGCGCUGGAGAUGCAGCGGCUGGCAGGAAAUAACAAGAUCGAAGUGAUGAAGAGCUUUGCCAACCCCAAGAACAACCAGUCAAAGGCCAGGUUCCGUCUAGCUGUGAAGGAUAUAUCCACCAAGAAGAAACACUUACUGGUGCGUGAUGAAAGUCGCACAUUGCGUCUGGCUACAAACGAGGAAGUGCUGCCCCGCACGUGGGUCCGUAGACCAGCUUACUUCCGCGGACUGGACAAGGAGCUUGCUUAA